UCGCGUUUCUCAUGUAAGCGGCAGGAAAGGAGGCGAGCGCGCUUUGAACUCCUGCGAUGACAUUUCGGGCGUUUGAGGAUCAAUGUCAUGAUGAACAGUGUGCGGACUCUACGAUUGAGAAAAGCAUGAAUUCAUGUGAAACUCCAGUCUACUGUUAAAAACUGACUGCAGCUGCACAUUCUGCAGGAAGCAUGUGUAGUACACAAAGUGGCAAGCCACUGGGUAGUCCAGGCCUCACAGAUCUGCAGCUGUACAGUCAGUGGCUGGCUAGUCGACAUGAAGCCAGUCUGCUGCCUAUGAAGGAAGAUCUGGCCCUCUGGCUCUCCAGCAUGCUCGGUGUGGACAUCACUGCAGAGAGCUUCAUGGAGCAGUUAGAUAAUGGAUUCCUCUUGUGUCAGCUGGCUGAGACACUGCAGGAGAAAUUCAGACAAAAUAGCACAGAUCUCCAGACUCCACCAGGAAAGACAAUCCAAAGUCGCAGGAUACCCUGUCGAGCCAGUGCCCCGUCCGGUUCCUUCUUUGCCAGGGACAAUACAGCCAACUUCCUGUCAUGGUGUCGGGAGGUUGGCGUGGGUGACACCUGUCUGUUUGAGUCAGAUGGGUUGGUUUUACACAAGCAGCCGCGAGAGGUUUGUCUCUGUCUGCUAGAACUGGGACGAAUAGCAUCCAGGUAUAAGGUUGAGCCACCUGGACUCAUCAAACUGGAGAAAGAGAUUGAACAAGAGGAGAAGAUGCCUGAACCUCCGACCUCACCUGUUCCUCCUACAUCCAUCUCUCCAUCAGCCUCCCCACCCGUCUCUCCAUCAGUCUAUCCAUCCAUCUCUCCGCUCACCAAGACCAACUCCUCCAAGAAAAGCAUAGGCAAACUGCUGGAUGAUGCAGUGAAGCACAUUUCCGAAGAUCCACCCUGUAAAUGUCCAAAUAAGUUCUGCAUAGAGCGACAAUCACAGGGCCGCUACCGUGUUGGUGAGAAAAUGCUUUUCAUAAGGAUGCUGCAUAAUAAGCAUGUGAUGGUGCGUGUUGGCGGAGGCUGGGAGACGUUCGAGAGCUACCUGCUGAAGCAUGACCCAUGUCGCAUGCUCCAGAUCUCACGCGUGGAAGGCAAGAUCUCGCCCGUCUCUGGGAAAUCUGCCAGCAUCAGCGACCUGACGCCUGACUGCUAUCUGGUGGUGGCGGCCCACUACAAAAGCAAGAAGUGAUUAAGCAACAUACUCCAACUGCAAAGAAAUGACAAUGACUUUUAUUUGUAAUGUCAAUUUGAAGCACAGCUCACUUGCUAGCAGUGGUAGAAUGCAACAAGGGCAUGUAGACUUCAUUGGCUUCUUGAAAUAACAAGUGUUUAAAAGAGAAAAACAAUCCGUAAUACAAAGCAAUAGUGUAGCUCAGCUAGUUUGUCACAAUAAUGGCCCUUUCCCAAAUGGCACACUUGAUGGAGCUGUAGACCUCUUGUGGACCUUCACUCUCCCUUAUACUACGGGGCUGUUGAAUGCUUGAUUCUGAUUGGUUGAGAACGUUCUAAGGUGUGCAAUUAUUUUCAGGGAAACGCACGGCUAAAGUAGUUCCAGGCAGGUCUUGACCGCAUUACAGUUCCAUAUCACUUCGCGUAGUCAACUGUAAUAAUGGAAAAUAGGAUACAAUUCAUAAGAAGUGACAGCGACAAAUCCACUUCAACUUCAAGAGGAAAAAAAAUGACAGACUAUUUUGAUUUUCCGGAAGUAAAUUUUAAUAUUUAUGGUGAACAUAAACAUUUUAACAACUGGGCGACCGCAGUAUUGGAUAGCUCAGAUGAAAAAACAAAUAAACGGAAGAGGACAUCAAAGGCAGCCGGCAACAACAAAAGACAUAAAACAAUCAGCGAAGAACAGCUAGACCGACUCGAGGGCUGAAAAACAUGAAGAAAACACCAAAAAAACAACAGCUUGGGCUGUCAAUGUGUUUAACGUGCAGUUUAAUUUUAAUAAAUAAAUUUGUUCGAAUUAACGAAUGAAUUAUAACGUAUGAAUUAAUAAAUAAAUUAAAUAAUAUGACGCACAUGAUUUUCUGUCUCAUUAUUGCAACCUCUGUCUCUCUAAUAACUACACUAAUAACUGCAUUAGUCUGCUGUCAGUGGCUCAAACCUCCGUUACUAACUCUAAAAUGACGCUUUGGAAUUAGCAACGGAGGCAUGGGAUUAGAUGCGUAAGAAAUUAGUCCUACAUACAAGAGCGUUUUAAUGACAAAAACUUGACAAACGUCUAGAAUCACAUCAUCUGAACAAUGUUUCGAGGUGUGGUAACUGUAGUAUAAGCGGAAUAAUUGACUCCGGGCGUUGAAUUAUUAGAAAAAUAAUGCACACCUGAGGUGUAACGGCCACUCCGCUUCGCGUCGUGACCGCAUUACCACCCCGGGUGUGCAUUAUUUUUCUAAUAAUUCAACGGCCCGUCGUCAAUUAUUCCUUACUUAUCUGUGAAGUCCACGAGAACAUAGUGUGGCUUAUUUCAUUGUAUAAUUUAAUGACAAAAAAUGUCUGUUUUUUGUGUCUUUUGGUCCCUUUUGCCGAGCCUGCACUGGUGCGGACACAGAAGACUAUUAACCCACAGCCAAUGCAGCAAAGUCUACACUCCAAGGUGAAUGGCAAGGAAUUUGGGACAGGACCAGUGUAUAGGUUACAGUCACACAGACAGUGUUUGGUUUUCAAGUUGGGGGGGGGAUCAAACAAUGCAAUUAUUUGUUUCCAUUAAGUAAUUGCAUUGUUUGAUCUCCAUUUACAAAUCAAAAUGUGAAAUAUCGAAAAUAAUAAUAAUAUUAACAAAGUAACAACUCUCACUUCAAAGGUGCAUAAAGUGUCCCUUUGCGCCACCCUAGUGGUCAUUUUGCAAACUGAAUUUACAGUUCCACUGUGGUGGUACAUGUGGCGGUAAAGGUCAUUUUGUUCUGGUACUUACUGUAAGUGACUAAAGUAAGUUUCAAAGAUGGCAACGUCCAUAACACUAGAAAGUCUUAUCACAAAAGACUUAACAUGACUGAAUAAACAAGUCCAAUCAAGUUCAUCCAUUAAAUCUUAAUUAACUGACAGCCACUUUUAUGUUUAACUGAGUGUAGAGCACAGCAUUUUAGUUGUGCCCAGACCACAAAACUGAAGGGAGCAGCUUUGGUAAAGGAUAGUGACUGGAUGUAAAACCUUCGGAUGACACACAGCUUAUAUCUCCGUCUCGCAGUUACAUGGUCCCAAUAUGAAAAAAACAAAACACACACAAGAAAAGCUAGUUCAAGUGCUGUAUGAUGUUUCCAGAACUUACUCGUAUGUGGUUGCAAGUCCUGACAAUGUAAGGGUGUCACUCGCGUUUAUAACUGAAUUGUGUGUGAUCAUACUGUAAUUGUAUUUAGCAUUUUAAAACAAAACUGACAAUCAUGUUCUGCUGCUGUGUGAAUGUAGCCUAUGAUACUGAGGAACAGAAAAAUGGAGUCUGGAACUGGAAUCCAGACUUAAUGUUUUAUUGUUUAUAUUUUCUUCAUCUCAGCUAUGAUGUUAAUGAUCUCUUCUAUACUCUGUCAGUUGUGGUGAUUUUUCUCUCUCUUUGUGUUCUUUCAUGUUUUGUUUUUUUUUUUACCUGAGGAUUAAGUAUAAAUCAAGUAUAAAAGAUUAUGCAAUAACCUAUGCAUUCAAUCUUGACUAAAUGGAAUGAAAUUGCUGGAUGAAUUCAAGUAUUCAUUUCUACCCUGGUGGGUAUUACUUUCAGUGCUUCAUAUACUAACAAUAUACUGAUGACAAUGUUUAUAUAAACCGAUCAGCCACAACAUUAAAACCACCCGCCUAAUAUUGUGUAGGUCCCCCUCAUGCCACCAAAACAGCACCAACCGGCAUCUCAGAAAAUAAUUCAGAUAUGAUAUUCUGCUCACCACAAUUGUACAGAGUGGUUAUCUGAGUUACUGUACACUUUGUCAGUUCAAACCAGUCUGGCCAUUCUGUGUUGACCUCUCUCAUCAACAAGGCAUUUCUGUACACAGAACUGCUCCUCACUGAAUGUUUUUUGUUUUUGACACCAUACAGAGUAAAUUCUAGAGAUUGUUGUGUGUGAAAAUCCCAGAAGAUCAACAGUUACAGAAAUACUCAAACCAGCCCGUCUGGCACCAACAAUCAUCCAUGUGAUUAUCUAAUCAGCCAAUCAUGUGACAGCAGUGCAUAAAAUCAUGCAGAUACAGGUCAGGAGCUUCCAUUAAUGUUCAGACAAACCAUCAGCAUGGGGAAAAAUGUGAUCUCACUGAUUUGGACUGUGGCAUGACUGUUAUUGCCAGAUGGUCUGGUUUGAGUAUUUCUGUAACUGCUGAGCUCCUGCGAUUUUUCACACACAGCAGUCUCUAGUUUACUCUACGUCUACGGAAACUCAGAUAACCACUCUGUACAAUUGUGGUGAGAAGAAUAUAAUGUGGGUUGGCGCUGUUUUGGUGGCAUGAGAGGGACCUACACAAUAUUAGGCAGGUGGUUUUAAUGUUGUGGUUCAUCAGUGUAUACUGUAUAUAUACAAACAUAUUUGGUGUAUUUUGUGUAUGAUCAUUAUAAAAAAAUACCUUUUUUUCUGUCAUGUAUUGUAUUGUACUGUGGUGAUGGUACUCUUUUGUCCUUAUAUCUAGCUCUUGCAAUGGAAACAACAUGAAAGAGAAUUUUACCUUAAAGCUGAUGUGUGUAAUAUUUUACUAUGAUAGUUUAAUAUACAAAGACAACUAUAAGUCAAGUUAAUUCCCCUGAAAAGUAUGACCCUGUGGCUUUGUAACGCUUUCAAAAUAUGACUAUUUGAGCAGCAGUUUGGGGCAGAACUAUCUGUUUGUUGACCAAUGAUAGACAAAGAGUGUUUGGGAAACCUGUUUGAAAAAAAGACCUCAUAAAAUGGUUUAACAAACACAAUUCUUGACUAAAAUAGGAAUUUGGGAGGGGACAUAUUGAAGGGCUGAUCUAAUGUUUUUAGAUUUUUACAAAAGCAUUGAAGACGUCUUUGAAAUUAAUACAUUAUAUGCUUGUGAAAGGAGAUAAAAGUAAACGACGUGGACACCAUGACGAAGCACGAUAAGCUACUUGUUCUUGCUUGUUGGUGGAAGGACAUUCCUGUUCUAGAGCGUAUUUCCG